AUGCAGCAGUGCGGCUGGCGCAGUGUACGUACAGCGCAGCAGCUUGCUGCUGCCAUUGUUUGCAGUGUACGUACAGCUGGGGUUUCGUGCUGCAGAGAGUUGCUGGCAGCACACGCGCGGCUGCGGCUGCCGCUGGACGCAGCAGCAGCAGCAGCAGUUGCUGCUGCAGCGCAGCGGCUGCUGCAGCAAGCAGCAGCACUGGGCCCCAAGGACGUGGCCCUUGUGCUGAACAGCAGCACGCGGUGUAUGUACAGCAGCACGCGCAGCAAGUUUGCUGCUGCUGUUGCUGCUCAAGUGCCGCGAGUUGCUGCAGCAAUGCGGCCGCAGCAGCUGGCGCUGGCGGCGCAUGCACUUGCUGCUGCUGCAGCAAGACACGCAGCAGCACUAGCAGCAAUCGAAGCAGCAGCACUGCAGCAAACUGACCACUGGACCCCACAAGAUGCUGCGCUGCUCGUCAGCUCCUUCGCCAAGCUCCAGGUGUACAGACACGCCCUCUUCGCUGCAGCAGCCAAACACGGGCAGCAGCAAACGGCUUCGUACGGGCCGCAGGACCUGGCGCUGCUGUGCAGCGGGCUGGCGGCGUUUGGGGGCCCGCUGCUGCAGCAGCAGCAGCUGCUGCUGCUGCAGCAGCGGGCGACGCAGCUGCUGCGGCGCUUCAAAGGCCCCGAACUGGCCCUGACUUCCUUCGCCCUGGCCAAGCUGGGGUGUACAGACACCGCGUGGCUGCAUGCGCUCGCCGACGAGGCCCUCUACCGACUUGCGGUGUACAGACACCCCAGCUCUCCACUUUCUUUUUCUCUUUUUGAUCUCCAGCAACUCUCAACAGCUUUUAUUAAAAUGCACUUCAAAGACCCCAGGCUCUUUGCUGUCAUUGCGCAAGCAGCAAAGCACCGCCUCCGCCUCCUUGCUGCAGGGGGCCCCCAGGGGAGGGGGCCCCACCGGGGGGCCCCGAAUGCGCAGACAAUUGCUUGUUUGCUGCAUGCGUUUGGGCGGGCUGGGGUGCGAGACAAAGAGCUGCUGAGUCUGCUGGAGCAGCAAGUGCUGCUGCUGCAGCAGCAGUUUUCUUCUGCGGGUUUGGGAAUGGUUGCUGCUGCUGCUGCAGCACUGGGCAUUCGGAACCAGCGGGUGUGGGGGGCCCUGCAGCAGCAGGGGGCCCUCAGGGGCCCCCAGAUGCCGCUGGACCUGCUCGUUUUGCUGCUGUCAGCAGUCUCCAGGGGGCCCCCCAAAGCUGUUUCAAACUCUUUUCUUCUUGCUGCUGCAGCAAGGCUGCGGCUGCACAUUCUUUUGCUGCCUGCUGCAGCACUUGCUGCUGCAGUUGUGGCUUUCGAGCGCGUGCGCUGGAGAGACUCGGCCUUCCUAGCCCGCGCUGCCCGGCUGCUGCAGCAGCAGCUGCAGCAGCAGCAGCAGCAGCCGCAGCAGCAGCAGCAGCAGCAGCAGCAGCUGAGCACCAGGGCCCUCUGCGGCGCCUUCUCCGCCUUCGCCAAACUCGCCUACAGAGACCCUCGGGUGUACAUACACCUCGGCAGAGAGAUUUACCAAAGGCUUCAUCAGCUCACUCAAGAAGACGCAGCAACAGUCCUCUACGCGCUGCUGCUGCUGCAAGCCAGCAGCAAGCAGCAGCAGCAGCAGCAGCAGCAGCAGCAGCAGGGGGCAGGCGCGCAGCACCAGCCGCUGCAGGAGCUCGACGAGCCCAGCGAGCGGCAGCAACAGCAGCAGCAGCAGCAGCAGCAGCAGCAGCAGCAGCAGCAGCAGCAGCUGGGCGGGCUGGACACUGGCCACUUUGACGGUUUGCUGCUGGGGGUGCUGCAGCUGCUGCAGCAGCAGCAGCAGCAGCUGAGCGCAGCAACAGUGUCGCGGCUGCAGCUCGCAGGCCUUUACCUGCGGCUGUACCGGCCGGAGCUGCACGAGUCUUUGGGGGCCCCCGCUGCGGCGCUGCUGUCGCGUGCUGCUGCUGCUGCUGCUGCUCCUGCUGCUGCUGCUGCUGCUGCUGCUGCUGCAGGCAGCGGGCUCGCGCUCUCCUCGCUGCUGCACCGCUCCGUCUCCAGGGCCCUUGCUGCUGCAUGCAUUCCCCACUGCAGCGAGGCCCGUGUGGGGCCCCUCACUCUCGAUUUGCUGCUGGGGCCCCAGCUGUGUCUGGAAGUGUGGGGCCCCACACAUUACUACCGCUGCACCCUCAUGCGCACUGCUGCUGCGGCCUUCAAGCUAACCCUAAUUCAGGGUUUAGGGUUUACAGUCGCCCCCCUCUCCUACUUGGAGUGGCAGCAGCUGCAGACCAGAGACGCCAAAAUCGUCUUCCUCCACAAACUCCUCAAAGACCUCCAGCAGCAGCAGCAGCAGCAGCAGCAGCAGCAGCAAAGGCAGCAGCAGCAGCAAAGGCAGCAGCAGCAGCAGCUCGAGGAGGGUUCUCCUGAGAAGCCCCAAGCACUCACCGCUUAA